AUGGCACCCUCAGCGACUAUAUUGGCCUCGCCCCAGGAGGGCGCAGACGGCAGCAGGGAGACGAUGACCGAGGAGCACGAAGAAUCUGAGAACAAUGGUCAAAAUGGAGAAGGAAGGCCUUGCACGAAGCUUUACACAGAUGCCUACACACAUGGCUAUACCGAGGGCUACAUAAAAGGCAACAGAUCACUAAAAAUAAUGCCAAUUGCAAUUGUGGGCAUGUCAUGUCGACUUCCAGGAAAUGUUACGACCCCAGAUGAGUUUUGGGAGCUUCUUUCACGCGCGCGAAGUGGAUGGUCCAAAAUUCCAAAGGAGCGGUUUGAUGAUGCCAGUUUUUAUCACCCAAACCCAGGAAAGAGUGGCUGCUUCAAUGCGGUCGGAGGGCACUUUCUUAGUGAAGACAUCGCAAGUUUUGAUGCUCCUUUCUUUGGCCUUACAUCCCAAGAGGCGACUUCCAUGGACCCCCAACAACGCCUCUUGCUGGAGUGCACAUUCGAAGCACUCGAAAAUGCAGGAAUGCCCAAGCAUGAGAUUAUCGGGAAACGCGUAGGGGUGUUUAUUGGGGGCAGUUUCUCCGAGUUAUUCUCGGAUGAAGGGAGGUCGUUUUCUUUCGACAAUCGAGGCACAGGUUAUGGACGUGGUGAGGGCUGCGGAAUUGUGGUUUUGAAAGCACUGGAUCGAGCACAAAAUGAUAAUGAUAAUAUACGAUCCGUAAUUGCUGCUAGUGGCAUCAACCAAGACGGGAAGACUUCAGGCAUAACUAUGCCAAAUGGCGCCGCCCAAGAGUCGCUAAUGGAAUCCGUCUACAAAAACGCCGGCAUCGAUCCAAAAGAGACCGGCUACGUCGAGGCCCAUGGGACCGGGACUAAAGUUGGAGACCCAAUCGAGGUUGCGGCAUUGCACAAAGUGUUUGGUGAAGGUCGCUCAGCUCGAAAUCCGCUGUUUAUUGGUUCAGUGAAGUCGAAUGUUGGCCAUCUCGAGGCAGCUUCCGGCAUAAUUUCAGUGAUCAAAACAGCCAUGAUGUUAGAGCGUGGUUUUAUCUUGCCAAAUUACGACUUCAAGAAACCAAACGAAAAUAUCCCGUUCUCCAAAUGGAAUCUAAAGGUGCCAAUAAGUCAACGGCCUUGGCCGAAGAAACGGUUCGCAAGCAUCAAUAACUUCGGAUUUGGAGGAACUAAUGCGCAUGUCGUUCUAGAAAAAGCACCAUUCUUGCAGAAAUGUGAAGGGCCAGGACAAUCCAGUUUUCAGUCUAGGAAGCUGUUUGUCUUGUCUGCCAACGGUAAAGAUGCUUUACAAGAAUUAAUGGGAAAGCUUGGAAUUUACCUCGAGCAGAGACCCGAAAUCUUUCAAAAUGACUUGAUGAGCAAUCUGGCCUAUACCCUUGCACGACGGUCGCGAAUGCAGUGGAGAGUUGCGAUACCUACAACAUCUUCCUUCUAUCUAAUCCAAGCGCUCAACAGUGGAAAGGUCUUACCUGGGAGAGGCGAAACUGAUGGCUUGCGUAUCGGGUUUAUUUUCACAGGACAAGGUGCACAGUACUAUAACAUGGGCCGGGAACUAUACGAGCAGUAUCCCGUUUAUGCAUCAACAAUCAAUGCCUGCGAAACAUAUUUAGCCUCGCUUGGUGCUCCCUUUUCUCUCCUUGCCGAAAUGAAUAAAGAUGCCGUGGAUUCACUUAUCAAUGAGGCGCACAUUAGUCAACCUUCUUGUACAGCAUUACAACUAGCUCUGACGGAUUUACUGCGAUCAUGGGGUAUUCAACCUUUUGCAGUUGCUGGCCAUUCGAGUGGUGAGAUUGGUGCCGCUUACGCAGCAGGAAUCUUGUCACUCGACUCGUGUAUGGCAAUUUCAUACCACCGAGGGAUGGCGACUCUCGGUUUGAAGAAGUUCCUGCAUCUCAGAGGGUCUAUGAUGGCUGUUGGAGCCAGCAAAGAAGACAUCGAGCCCAUUCUUGCUCAGCUGAAUACGAAAAUAGCUAAGGCCAGCAUCGCUUGUUUCAACAGCCCGAGCAGUCUCACGAUCUCAGGGGAUGAACCUGUGAUUGAUGAACUCCAGAAGAUAAUGGAAGAAAAGCGGUGGUUCGCUCGGAAAUUGCAAGUCAAUACUGCUUACCAUUCCCACCAUAUGGACCUCGUUGCCGAUGACUACCGAGAAAAGCUUCAAUCGAUCGAUCCACCACAGUCGACCGAAAUAAAAUUUCACUCUUCUUUAUUUGGACAUCUUCUCAAAGAUUCUUCUGGUCUUGGGUCGUCUUAUUGGGUGGAUAAUCUCACCCAAUCUGUCCAAUUCUCCGAGACUGUCUUCAGUAUGUGCCAGCCCGUUGACGGGUACAAGACUGGUGUUUCUCACAUUGUUGAAAUCGGGCCACACUCAGCACUCUCCGGGCCCGUGAAGCAAAUUUUGAAGGCCUAUGGGCGUACAGAAAUCUCAUAUCUCUCAACUCUUACUAGAAAACGCAAUGCAGUUGAGACGGCGUUAGAGAUGGCCUCGACACUCUUUGUCAAAGGAGUGAACCUCAACCUCGGCGCCAUCAAUCUUCUCAGACAGAAACCGGACUUAUUGGUCGAUAUACCUCGAUAUCCUUGGAACCAUAAGACCCGAUAUUGGCAUGAAGGUCGAGUCGUCAAGAAACACAAAGGCCGAACAACGCGCAGACACGAUCUCCUCGGUACACUGGCCAAUUACUCCAACGACCUCGAACCUACGUGGAGAAAUAUCAUACGAGUUGACGAUCUGCCUUGGCUUCGCCAUCACCAAAUCCAGUCCCUGACUCUAUUCCCAAUGUCAGGCUUUAUCUCGAUAGCCAUCGAAGCUGCGUCCCAGAAGGCUGUCUUACGCAAAAUUGCUUACGACACCUUCCACCUCCGCGAGAUCUCUGUUCAUGCUCCCCUUGUCCUAGAGGACAACGACGUUGAAUUGACCCUGCAAUUACGCCCUCAACAAGAAGGAACUUCUUCAGGUGGUUGGGACGAGUUCCGGAUCCAUUCGUGGACUGCUUCCAAGGGAUGGACCGAGCAUUGCAAAGGAUUGAUCACUCUAAAAGCCGACUGUGAGAUACCUUUGCCAAAACUAACAAUGGCGGAAAUCUCAAGCGCCGAGACAACUUUUGUGGAUAAGAUCAAGUUCUAUGACUCCCUUUCCCGCCUAGGUGUUUCCUAUGGACCGAGUUUCCAAGGGAUGAAUGACUGUGAAGCAAGCGACGGCUUCGCCAAGGCUACCCUUACGGUCGUCGAUACUGCACAAGAGAUGCCGCAUGCCUUCCAAACAGACUCUGUCAUCCACCCUGCGUUUCUGGAGCAGCUGAUCGAAAUGUACUGGCCGAUAAUCGGCGCAGGACGGACCACUCUCAACCCAGUCUACCUCCCCUCCUCCAUCGACGACCUUACGAUCUCAAGAAAAAUCUCCGACUUGGCAAAGAAAGCUGGAGACUCCUUGCAAGCAUUCUGCCAAGGCGGGUUUCCACAGUCAAAUCUAUUACCUUUUCAUGGAUCGAUGUUCGCGACUGCGAUAGACAGUGAGGAGGUCCUCAUUAGUUUGAAGGACCUGACGGUCUCACCAAUUGUGGAGCACGAAAAUGCAUCUGGAAUUGAAACCGCGAGAGAUCUUUGCUAUAAAUUAGAAUGGGAGCCAAUUGACAUCCAAUUCCCAGAAUCGUCAACCACCUCCAAUGGGAUAACAAAUGGGAACUACAAGCCUUUGAACAGUUUGUCAAAUGGAAUCGUGAAUGGCAUUACGAACGGACUUUCAUCUACGCCACACACUGUGUCAGACUUUUUCACAGGGGGGUUGGUCAUUGUCCGUGGAGACGGCGCUUCCCAAACACAGAUUGCUUCGGAAAUAGCAGAGGCCUCGGAACGCCUGACCGGAACUCGUCCAUCAUUAGAGAAUUUCGCGACCCUUAACAUAGACAAGACAUCCGGCAAGCUCUGUCUCAUUAUCUCCGAGCUUGAGCGACCACUUCUCUCAUCAUUCACCUCCACCGAUUUUACCGCCUUGCAAAAGCUUGUCGCAAACACGGAGGGUAUCCUCUGGGUUGUCCGCGGAGCUUAUGUCUCCUCUAACAACCCAGACGCGAACAUGAUCACAGGACUAAGCAGAAGCAUCCGUUCAGAAACUACGCUCAAAUUCGCAACUCUGGAUCUCGAUCCCGAAUCUCUUACCACCCCUAAUUCUACACAAAUAAUCCUUGCCGUCCUGCAGGCAGUCUUUGGUCCAAAAGCAGAAGCAAACUGCGAGUUAGAGUUUAUGGAAAGGAAGGGUGUGCUGUCAACUCCUCGCAUCGUUGCCGAUGCAGAGAUGAACCAAUACGUGCACAAGGAGACCAGCGAAGAUUUUGUUCUCGAGCAUACACCAUUCACACAAGAUGGGAGACCAUUAAAGAUGGAAAUGGUAAGGCCAGGCGCCUUAGAAACGGUUCGUUUUGUCGACCAGGCACUCAAUGAUGCUCUACUAAGCGAUGAGAUCGAGCUAGAAGUUAAAGCAAUUGGUAUGAACUCCCGCGACAUCGGUCCGAUCGACAUAACAAAGUUUGGUAUAGAGUGUGGUGGCAUCGUUACAAAGACCGGAAGCAAUGUCAACAACCUCGCCGUCGGGAACAGAGUCGCAUGCCUCUCCCUCGAUAAUGGAGUUUAUUCAACAUUGACUCGGACGAAGGCGCGAUUCGCAUUUCAAAUCAAGGAUGAUCUCGACUUUCAAGAUGCAGCUUCGAUGCCCGUCGCAUACUCCACGGCAUAUUACGGCCUAAUUGAUCUCGGUCGAUUGCUCAACGAGGAACGUGUGUUGAUUCACGGCGCCGGGAGUGCAGUGGGCCAAGCUUCCAUCUGCCUAGCCCAAAAUCUUGGAGCUGGGGUGUCUGCUACCGUCCGAAGCAUCGAGAGCAAAGAAUAUCUGAUGAAGACAUUUGGAUUGCAUGAGGAUCAAAUCUCGCUCGACUUGCAUGAACAGAGCACUAAAUCUGGUUUCGAUAUGGUAUUCAACUGUGUCCCCGCAGAUGCUGAUACCAUGAGAGAUCUUUGGAGCAGUCUCAGCAAUUUUGGCCGAUUUGUUGCUAUCAAAGACACAGACAGCAACGCCAAUGCGAGAUUUGAGACUGCUGGUCUUCAGAAAAAUCGCAGUUUCAUGUCGGUUGACUUGCUCUCUAUUGCUCUUGAGAGGCCGAGAUUGAUGGAAAGACUUCUUAUCGAUGUGUCGGAAUUCAUAAGGCAAGGAAACACCAAACCUCUUCACCUCACAAUCUUUUCCAUCUCGAAUGUGGAGGAAGCGUUUAAUUCUUUGCGGAAUGCGAAUUUAGAUGGCAAAAUGGUUGUUCUGCCUCAAGCCGGAGCAAUGGUGAAGGCAAUUCCUCCGAACAAGAGUAAAUCGUUCCUCCAUUCGGACGCCUCUUACAUCUUGAUUGGUGGGACAGGUGGCCUGGGACGAAGCAUGGCCAGGUGGAUGGUCGAUCACGGAGCUCGAAACCUUGUCCUGGUUUCCAGAAAGGGAACCGUCUCCUGCAAAGUCAAGAUAUUGAUUGACGAACUAAGUGCUAUCGGAGUCAAAGUUAACGUCAAAGGCUGUGAUGUUUCUGACAGCAGCUCGGUCAAUAGCCUGAUUCAAAAGGAUAUGGCUGGCAUGCCGGGGAUCAAAGGAGUUGUUCACGGUGCUAUGGUUCUGAACGAUGUACUCUUUGAGAAAAUGAGCUAUGACCAAUACACCACCGUAAUCGAGGCCAAAGUUCGGGGGGCCUGGAACUUCCACAACGCGCUCAAAAAUCUCGAUUUCUUUAUAUGUCUCUCCUCCGCGGCCGGUGCGGUAGGAAACAGAGGGCAAGCCGCCUACUCAGCCGCAAACACCUUUCUCAACGCAUUCGUCCAAUACCGACAAAGACUCGGGCUUCCGGCCUCCUCUCUAGACCUCACAGCUGUUUCCGAUGCCGGAUAUUUGGCCGAGAACCCCAAGGCGGCUGCCGAGGUCUGGAAGAACCUCGGCACCGACACGAUCUGUGAGACAGAGGUGUUGGCACUACUUGGUGCUGCGAUCAAUGGCAGACUGGCAGGGACUUGUAAUAGUCAUACAGUUACAGGCAUGCGGCUCACGACCUCGACGAAGCCGUUUUGGGCCAAUGACGCGAAGUUCAAACAAUUGCGUCUGGCUAUGGAAGCCACAGAAAGCUCUGCGGGUGAAGCAACCACUGUAUCGUUUAAUUCAGCACUCAAAGCAGCUGCUUCACUCGGAGAUGCAGAGCUGGUGGUGCAGAGGGGUCUGCUGAGCAAGCUGCCGUCGGUGUUGAUGCUAGAAGCGGAGGAUAUGGAUGUCACGAGGUCACUCUCAAGUUAUGCUCUUGAUUCGCUUGUGGCGAUUGAGGUUAGGAACUUCAUUGAUAGGGAGUUUGAGUCGAAUUUGCAGGUUUUGGAGCUGUUGAGUAGUGGGAGCAUUGAGACGUUGUCGAAGACGAUUUGUGUGAAGAGCAAGCUGGUUUCCUUUUAGUCUAAACUAUAGACCUGGAGGCUGGGAGUUGGAGAAGUGCAGGGCACUGGACGGCUAUCUACUUGAACUUAUAGAUAUAGAUUUUGGCGCAAUGCAAGAACUUGAC